CACACACCGUCACGUGCCCUACGGGUCGGGCAAAGGGGCGAAGCACGCGCAGCAGUAGGAACCGUUGCUACGGUUACGGAGGACGCGCCCCUGGAAGGCUUCGUGCCCUGACUCGCUCCUCCCCGUCCCAGUCGUACGCGAGACAUGGCUCUUCUUUCUGGGCAGGCUAGUAAAAGAGGAUCCCUUAUACUGGCUCCACCUUUUGCCAUUGAGGCAUCUCUGUCCCCAGUCAAACCGGUACAGAUCACAGUGUUCGAGGGAUGUGACCUGAAAGGUGUCAAAGGAGACACUCCAGUGACCUAUGUGCGUGCAGAGUAUAACGGUGUUAUCCUGGGUGACUCCCUGAAAAUUGAUGUUUCUUCAGAUGGGACAGUGAAAUAUAACUUCACUACUAGCUUUGAAUACAACUCUGAUGGGCCAAACUCUCUAGAUGACAUUGCACACAAACCCUUAUUCUUGACUGUGAUUGAAGUUUUACCAAAGGAGAAGAAGCAGAAGGAAGAAAAGACUGUGGCUCUUGGUCAGGCUGUUGUGGACCUUCUACCUCUGCUGGAAGGACAGUGUUCAUUUAGAGCAACAGUUCCACUGCAUCCAGUUCCUGGCUCUCCACUAGAGAGCUUUGACCCAGAUGCCAAGUGUAGCCUUGAAGUGUCAGUGUCCAUCCAAGAGCCCCUGCUUUCUGUAUCGAAACUUUCAGGUGGCAACCUCCUCAGGGUUACAUUGGAGGCUGCUUAUUCUGUCCCUGAAGUGUUUGUUCCCACAGGACCCCAGCAAAACUACAUGGUUUGCUUGCAAGUACCAACUGUUGGAGAGAAAGAGUACCCCUUGAUGUUCAAGAACGGGAUCCUGAAGCUUGGUGGGGAAAAAGAGCCAAUACCCCGGCCAAAAAAAUGGCCCAUUAGCAACAUCCUGGCACCAGGAGCUCAAAAUAUUCCAAACUCUUUUAUUGUUGGUGGCCCCUAUGAGGAGGAGGAUGGAGAGCUCAACAAAACAGAGGAUAGGGAAUUUAGGAUUCAGGCAGAGAGCAUAAAGAAGAGAAUUGUUUGGGACUUGGAAAGGCGCUGUUACUUGGACCCUCCAGCAGUACUCAGCUUACAGAAGCGCAUUGCAGAAUGCCGGUACUGGCCAGUGGAGAUUAUCAGGGUCCCUGUGGUUACUUCCACCAAAGGGAAAUCUAGCAAAUUAGACAAGGGAGAUGAUGAUGGACAGAUUUUCUUCCAUGGUGUGGCAUACAUCAACAUGGUACCUUUGCUGUACCCUGGUGUGAAGCGUAUAAGAGGGGCUUUCCGUGUAUUUGCAUAUCAAGACAGUGAGGUGUUUGGGAAGACUAAGUGUCUAUUCAGCAUUUUACGUGAUCUUGGACAUCAAGCCAAUCUGAACAAAUUAGGGCCAGUGAUCGCAGCAGCCAGUUGCCCUCAUUCAAAAGCUAUUCCCAGUAGGAACCAGAAAGAGGAUAAAAUGACCAAAGAGAAGGAUGUUCUAAGAAAGAUGUCCAUUACGCUAAAAUCUCAGACGUCAGAGACUGCUAUAGAAACUGAAGCAACAGUGUGUCAGAACCUGGAAGGACAGCAAUAUGUAGAUGCAGGGACAUUCCUGGUGAUGGAAAUAGAGCUGGCCAAGGCCUUGGUACCAAAACGAUUGCCGGAGGAGCUCGCCAGCCGAGUUAAGGAGCUGAUUCCUCCACGUCCCCAGCUACCAUGCCGGAGUGCAGGAGCUAAGAAGGCCGUGGAAGAUUACCACAAUCAGAUCACUAGUAUUGCAGGAGCCAUCCUGGAUGAGUACCAUGAGCUGUUUGGGAAGCAGAUGGUUGAUGGUGGUGUGAUAGAUCAUCACACCCUGGAGAAACAGAAAUGUCAACUGAACUAUGAGCUCAACAGCUCAGGAAAAUACUUUGCUUUUAAGGAACAGCUGAAGCAUGCAGUGGUGAAGAUUGUGAGAGAGAAGUACUUGAGGACAACAGCAUUCAACAACUUGGAGCAGCUGCAAGCUUUCCUGAGUGAGCUGUAUGUGUACCUGGUGGAUCAGAUGCAUGUUGCUCUAAACCAGAUACUGUCACAAGAGAGCGCUGUCGUUGCCUCACCCACCUUCACAAGCUGUGAGCAGCUCCGACUUUUUGCUCAUGAAGCCGAAGUCAAUGAGGACUAUGCUCUGGCAUCUGUCUACUAUCAGGAGAGGCUGGCUCGUGACCGCCAGAUUGUCCAGCACUGGCUAGAUUAUGGGGCAUUCUGCCUCCUGAUGGAGGAAAAUAUCAAAGCCCAGGAGUGUUUUCGUGAAGCUCUUUCUCUGAACCCAAGUCACCUGCACAGCUUGCUGCUGUGUGGUAUCAUAGCUGUCAUGAUGGAGCACUAUGAAGAGGCAGAAAUCUUCUUUGAGGAUGCCACCUGCUUGGAGCCAUCCAGCAUCGUGUCCUGGACUCUCUUAGGUUUGUUCUAUGAAAUACAGGAAAAUGAUAUUCGGGUGGAGAUGGCCUUCCAUGAGGCUAACAAACUACUGAAGGCACGACUGGUCAAAGAGAAAAAUAUAGCUGAAGCUGCUGAAGAAGGAGGAAAAAAGCUAUACUCUCUUUCUGCCACAGUUCUAAGACCUGUCACUUCUCCCCAAGAAGACAACCUACCACAAAUGAAGAAACCUAGUGGAGGAGCACUUGAUCCUAGUGGAGGAGCACAUGCGGUGGCUCCUGUCCCCAUUUCUGGACUUUCACAGCCCUCCCACACAAUCUUCAUGGAGACUAUACACUUCUUGAUGGAGGUCAAUGCUUUACAGUUUGUUCACAGGGCGCUAGCACAUGAACUACUGUGCCAGCAGGAAGGACCCAGCUGUGAGUAUUACCUAGUGCUGGCACAAACACACUUGCUCAAGAAGGACUUCUCUAAGGCUGAAGAAUGUCUCCGAGAGGCUAUCCAGACUGACUACCUGAAUCCAAAUGUUUGGGCACAGAAAGGGCACCUGUGUUACCUGAGUGGAAAUCUUAGUGAGGCAAAGGAAUGCUAUGAGCGAACCAUCAGCUUUGUAACAGAUGCUUCUGAGAUGCACUUUGUUUACCUGCGAUUGGGGUCGAUCUAUCUGAAAGAGAAAGAGUAUGAUAAGGCAAAGCGCACCUACAUGCUGGCCUGUAAGAAGUCCUCAUCCUGCCUGACCUGGCUGGGAGUAGGAAUCGCUUGCUACAGGCUGAAAGAAAUAGCGGAGGCAGAAGAUGCCCUCUCUGAGGCCAAUGCGCUGAAUAACAACAAGGCCGAAGUGUGGGCAUAUUUAGCGCUAGUCUGCAUGCAAGGAGGAAGGCAGUUGGAGGCAGAGCAGUCUUACAAAUACGCAUUGAAGUUAGAGCUGAAGAAUGAGGAACUGCUCCAGGAAAUCCAUGAGGUACAGCGAAUGGUUGGCUUCGUGUGGCAGCAUCCAUAUCUGAAUGUCUUCAAGCACUUCAAAGUGGAGGAGUGGAAAAGAUCAACUAAGGAGGGAGAUGUGACAACAUUUAUGGACAAGACAUUGAAGGGAACAGUAUAUCGCAUCCGUGGCUCCAUUCCUGCCAGUAACUACAUCCAGCUUCCCAAAACCAGCACACAGUCAUUGGGGCUCACUGGUCAUUACCUCUACCUGCUCUUCAAGCCCAUGCCUGGCAAAUGUUUUGUGGUGCACCUGGAUGUUACCACGGAGGAUAGCCAGGUUGUCCGCAUCUCUUUCUCCAACCUUUUUAAGGAGUUCAAGUCCACAGCCACUUGGCUUCAGUUUCCCUUCAUCUGUGGAGUAGCCAAAGGGUCGAUGUAUGAGUGCACAGCCAGAACUUCAAAGCAAGAUUUGGUGGGUGUGGCCCCUGGCAAUGUGCGCUGGACCUGCCUGAUGCUUGACCUCCACUACAUCCUCUCCAUGUACCUUAAUAGACGUUACAGCCAUCUGAAGAGCAUCAAACUCUGCUCCAACUUGUUGGUGAAAAACCUCUAUACCAGUGACUUACUGUUUGAGCCAGGGAUAAUGUUCUCUGAGGCCCGACAAGCUAAGCUGGCAUUUCAUGGCAUUUCCCCCAUGCCACGAGAAAUGGCAUUUCCUGUGCCAAAAGGAGAGAACUGGCAUGACCGCUAUGACUAUAUCAGGUUUCCCUCUGAUGGAUCCAAGCUGCCAUAUGACUCAAUUCAAAAAGGCUGUUCCAAUACUGCAGAAGGUGUUCGAGUGCUAGAAGACCCAACCCGUCAUCUUCCACGGCCAGUGACGCUUACCAAAGCUGUCCGGGACCGAGUGUCACUCAUCCAACAGAUAACCAGUCCUAAGGAUAUGUCUCGCUGGUCUCCCCUAAUUACAAAGAGCAUCCCUGAGGUUCACUUAGCAACUUCUGGGCCUCUGGAAGAAGUGUACUCUGGGGAUCAGGAGUUCAGCAGGGCAGAAGGACUACAAGCUGCCGGGGAUUCCACUCUACCGUUACAUGCAACAACUGAUGGUGGUAUUCAUGUGUAUGCUCACAGAAUGGGUGAUGUCGCCAUCCAUGCUGUUGGCAUUAGCUCAGAUGAGACUGUGUACACAAAGAUUACUGGACCAGAGGUGCUCUCCAGCAAGAAAGCAUCUCCCUGCAGGAGACUCUUACCAGAUCCAAUCCUGAAACUGAGGACAAUUAUUGGCUUUGGGGGUUGCAGCACCAAAUGGGCUGUGUGGACUAAGAACAGCUCUGCAGUGGUUUAUCCCUGUCAUGCUAUUAUAAUAACCAUGCAGAUUGAAACUGGAGAGCAAAGGUUCUUCAUUGGACAUACAGAUAAGGUAUCAGCAUUGACAUUUAAUGGAAACAGCGCAUUGCUGGCUUCUGCACAGAUGGGUCACCUGAGUAUGGUGCGGCUUUGGGAUUUUCAGAAGGGGAAAUGCCUAUCCAUGUUUAAAACCCAUGUCCAUUCAGUCUCAUCCCUCAGCCUUUCCUACAGUGGAGCUGUUCUCUGUGGCAUUGGGAAAGAUGGACAUGGCAAAACAAUGGUGGUGGUGUGGAAUACAGCUCAGGUGAACCAGGGCGGAGAGGUGGUCGUGCUGGCCAAAGCUCACACAGACGUGGACAUCCAAACCUUGAAGAUUGCUUUUUUUGAUGACACCAGGAUGGUGUCGUGCGGCAGAGAUAAUGUGAGGCUGUGGCGAGUGCGGGGUGGAGCGCUGCGCUCGUGCCCAGUGAAUUUGGGGGAGUACCAUUCCUUGGAGUUCACCGACCUGGCCUUUGAGAAAGGGCAUUCCGCUGAGCGGGAACCUGAGGACCGGACACUCUUUGUUUGCAGCAGGAGCGGCCACAUCUUGGAAAUUGACUACAAGAACGUCACUAUCAGAAAUGCCCGGCGUCUCCUGCCUUCUCAGAUUCAGCACUCUCACCGGCGGGAGAAGCAAACCUUCCACUCGGGCCCUGGGAUUGCUAUAAACAGUAUUAGCGUCUCUUCUACCUUCUGUGCCACAGCCUCAGAGGAUGGCUACGUGCGGCUGUGGCCUCUGGAUUUCUCGGCAGUCUUCUUGGAGGCUGAGCAUGAAGGUCCAGUGAGUUCUGUCAGUAUCAGUCCAGAUAGUCUCAAAGUUCUGUGCACCACCUCCACUGGGAACCUGGGUUACCUGGAUAUACAGUCCCGGGGCUACAAUACCCUCAUGCGCUCUCACACUGACUCUGUUCUGGCAUUCUCUGUGGAUGGGCUCCGGAAGCAGAUGGCUACGGUGUCCCAGGAUAACACCAUCCGGAUCUGGGACCUUGUGUCCAUGCAGCAGCUAUAUGACUUCACUGCCUGUGAUGAGAUGCCAUGUACUGUGGCCUUUCAUCCUGCACAACAGAUCUUUGCAUGUGGGUUCAGCAGUGGAGUGGUGAGAACCUUCAGCCUGGCUGCCUCUGAUCUACUAAUGGAACACAAGCAGCACCGUGGUGCAGUCACUGGUCUGACCUUCUCCCCAGAUGGCAAUUUGAUGUUCAGUUCCUGCUCCCAUGGGACUCUGGCUCUUUAUAACUGUGCAGCCCAGAAGAGUCACGUCCUCAGAGUUCUGGGCAAUGUGGUGUCCCAAGAUGCUGAGCAUGGUCCCAACGCUUUGGCCAUUAGCGGGGAUGGACGUCUCCUCACCUUUGUGGGCCCCUCUAAGUACACUGUGACUGUUAUGGACGCCCAUUCUCUAGAUGAGCUACUAAGGAUAGACGUCAGCAUUCUGGACUUGGACAGCACCAACUUGGACUCUGCUCUGAGAAUCUGCUUCGCUCCCAUGCCUGUUGGCCACCUCCUGGUGUCCACUUCCUCCAACAAGGUCCUUGUUCUUGAUGCCAAAACUGGGCGCUUGGUCCGAGAGGUGUCUCGUGUGCACAAGCUGUCCUGUUCUUCAUUGGCACUGAGCGAGGAUGCCAGGUACCUGCUGACAGCCGGUGACAGGGUUGUCAAAGUGUGGGACUAUCAGAUGAGGUUCGACAUCAACUUUCAGGUAUAUAUUGGCCACUCAGAGCCAGUGCGACAGGUAGCCUUCACCCCUGACCAACAGCAUGUUAUCAGCAUUGGAGAUGCCAUCUUCCUUUGGGACUUCCUAGCUGUGUCCAGAGCGGAGUCACCCAAGGCUGACAUUCAUCCCUAUGUUGAGUCCCUUGUGCCUCUGAGAGCUGAAACUAACUCUGAGAAGCUAAAGGAUUUUAUAUCCAGUGCCAAUGAGAUACCCCGCCAGUCAGCGCCUCUACCAUCUCUAGCCUCACCACCAUGUCUGGACAUCAGUUCUAUCCACCAAGCAGGACGUGAUGAUAUUUUCUCUGAGUCAGAUGAAGGGGAGGAAGCAGGUCUGAAAGGCAGCAGCAGAGAGGCUGCAGAUGGAAACAAAGACCACUCAGCCCUUGUCAUGGAGGAACCAGUCGAGAAUGAGGAGACUCUUGUUGUGAGGCCCAAAGUGAGUCAGGAGUGUUCGAGGUCUCCCAGUCACUCAGGAAAUGAACCUAGAAAGGAGACCAAGGGUCCUGAAUCCCAGCACUAUAUCCGCCCAGAUUCCUACAGGCACUUUACUCCUCGCUUCAAAGCAUCUGUGCUCCCCAAGAGUGUCUUGUAUCCUCCAGCUGGUAAUGAGGGCCUGAAAUUAAAGGCAGUCAUUGGCUACAAUGGGAAUGGAAGGGGGAAUAUGGUCUGGAACCCAGACACAGGUUUUUUUGCCUAUACCUGUGGCUGCGUGAUUGUGGUUGAAGACCUGCACUCAGGAUCGCAGCAGCAUUGGAUUGGCCACCCUGAAGAGAUCUCUACUUUAGCACUCAGCCAUGAUGCCCAGGUUCUCGCCUCUGCCUCUGGCCAGGGGAAUGGAGACUCACGCUGUCAGAUCCGGAUCUGGAACGUACAGGAUGGGACUUGCCAAAAAGUUAUUUUCCAUCAUGAGACCCAAGUACAGGCCAUGGCAUACUCUCAUGACGAUAGGCUCCUUGUUACACUAGGGGACUACAGUGACCGGACCCUCGCCCUGUGGAACACCCAUACUUAUGACCUAACGUCGUCCACCCAUUUCUUAGAACCAGUUCACGAGGUGGCCUUUAACCCUCUUUUUGAUGGUGAACUUGCCUGUGUAGGCAGGGGAGCAGUGGCUUUCUGGCUAAUUGAGCAGCGGGGAGCUGACAUCAGCCUCAAGGUUCACAAAGCUGCCAUCCCUGAUAUGGUAGGACUGGUGGAACUGACAUCUGUCUGCUACAGCACCAACUACCUUCUUUAUAGUGGGACCAACACAGGACAGAUCUGUGUGUGGGACACACAGACCAAUCGCUGUUUCAUGACUUGGGAGGCUGAUGAGGGUGAGAUUGGUGUGCUUCUGUGUUGUGGCAACAGGCUGGUCAGUGGCAGCAACACAAAGAGAAUUCGACUGUGGUCAGUGGCAGCGGUGCAGGAGCUGAGGCUGAAAGGUUCUGAUGCCAGGUCUAGCUCAGUCCUUUUGGAACACGAGAUGACCCUGGAUGGGACAAUAGUUGGUGCAACCUUUGAUGACUCUCUGGAUAUGGGAAUUGUGGGCACCACUGCAGGAACACUGUGGUACAUAAACUGGGCAGAGAGCACCAGCAUUCGACUAAUCAGCGGACAUAAGAACAAGGUGAAUGAAGUGACCUUCAGCCCUGAUGAGUCUCACUGUGCCACGUGUGGGGAGGAUGGCAGUGUGAGGGUUUGGUCUCUGGCCAGCAUGGAGCUGGUGGUACAGUUUCAAGUGCUGAAUCAGAGCUGCCAGUGUCUGGCCUGGAGCCCUAUCCCCAUCUCCCGUGGUGGGGCUGAGGGUCAGCAUGUUGUGGCAGGGUACAGCGAUGGCACCAUCCGUGUGUUCAGCAUUUCAAGGACAGAGAUGGAACUGAAAAUGCACCCACACUCGGUUGCGCUGACUGCAAUUGCCUACUCUGCAGAUGGAGAAAUCAUCUUGUCUGGAGGCAAGGAUGGGCUAAUGGCUGUCAGUAGCCCUCGGACUGGAAUGACCAUUCGUGUGCUCAUUGACCAUAAAGGAUCCCCCAUCACUGUAAUCCAGUGCACAAGGAAACAGUACCAUGACUUUGGCGUUGAAGGUGGUGAACUCUGGUUGGCUGCAAGUUCAGAUCGACGUGUCAGUGUCUGGGUCUCUGCCUGGCUGAAGGAUAAAUGUGAGCUCAUCGAUUGGCUAAGCUUCCCAGCUCCUGCAAGCCCGGAGGCCCCUAGCAGUCUCCCUCCUAGCCUGGCGGCUUUCUGUCCGUGGGACAAUGGUGCUUUGGUGUACGUAGGCUUUGGGAUGCAGAAGGAGAUCCUCUUUUAUAGCUUGCGCCAGAAACAGGUAGUUGAGAAGAUCCCCUUGUCACACUUUGCCACGUCGUUGAGCCUGUCUCCAGCAGCACACUUCCUGGCUGUAGGCUUCAAUGAGCGUGUACUGAGGCUGAUUGACUGCACAACAAGAACAGAACAAGACUUUGUGGGGCACGAUGACUCCAUUCACCUCUGCAGAUUCACCCCUUCGGGCAAACGCCUCUUCACGGCGUCCUACAAUGAAAUCCUGGUGUGGGAGAUAACGAGCACAUGAACUGAGCUAGCUUGGCUCCUACCAGAGUGGAGAGAGGUUUUCUAAACAGCUGUUUUACUCCAGCAUGAAUUGAGGAAGAUAAUGGGAGAAGAGAAAUGUUUCUAUCUGUCUCAGGCUCUUAGCAACUGAAUAAGUCUGAUCCAGACCCUUUCAAUCCUCAGUCACUGCUGGGUAGUAAUCCCCUUUCAGAGUCUCUACCAGCCAUUGUGUUCCAGUUCACAAGGCACAGCGCCCAAACUAACCAGAAAUUGGGGUUGGAUGGUAUUUAAUCAUAAAUCUAAUUCUGUUUUAACACACAACCUGACUUACAGGAUGUGAAAUGAAUUUGGGUCUUAGUGGGCAGUAUCCAAAUCAGAAAAUGCACCCCCACGGGUGGUACCUUCUUGGCAGUCUAAGCAGAGGUUGAGAAUUGAAUGGGGGAAAGAAGCCUGGAUUCCCCUCUCCCCCACUAGAAGUGGUCCACCAGGUCAGGACUAAGGAACACUGUAGUGUCAGGGAAGGGAAGUUUUUUCUGCCACUGCCUGUGCUGUGUUCUGUGGUUAAAUAGAGGACAAUCUCCAGGGCUGUCAAGCCAGGGUCUUUCACUCACACUAACAUCCCUUGCAAAAGAAAACACCCCACACACUCGCGAAAGACAUGGCUGUACCUUGACCUCUUUCUGUUUUCAUGCUCCUUUAGGAUUUUCAUUCCUAGGCUCUCCGUGGGGAAGAGUCUGGCCUGCCCCACCUGAUGCAGACAUGUGGCAUUUUUAUUUGUAAAUUAUCAGGACCCAAUGGCUCUUGGUGUCAUUUUGUAUGUAACAUAGCAUCAAUUUUUAUUGGGAAGAGUUUUGUAUUGGUUUUUAUAAGCUGUAUAGUUCUUAAAUAAAGGUGUUGGGUUGAUUUU